CCGCUUCCGCCUCCCGCUCGGGCCCGUGACGCGGCCCAGGGCCCGCCCCGCUGUCGCCGGAGCCCCGGGCCGUGCUCGCCCGCCCGCCCGCAGCAUCCAGAGAGUGGGAUUAUCACACUGAUUCUAAGAAGAAAAGUCGGCAGUGAUCCAGGUGCUCCCACUGUUCUUGCUGCAGCUCACCAAAUAGGCAGGAAAGAUGGAAAUGUCAGAAGAUGAUAGUAACAUGGAAGAAUACCCCACUGAAAUUCAUGAUUAUCUCACAGCAUUUGAAAAGUCUCUUGGUUCUGUAGAUGAGAUGCUGAAGACAAUGAUGUCAGUUUCUAGGAGUGAGCUUUUGCAAAAGUUAGAUCCUCUUGAGCAAGCAAAGCUGGAUUUGGUUUCGGUGUACACAUUAAAUUCUAUGUUCUGGAUAUACUUGGCUACCCAGGGAAUCAAUGCAAAGGAACAUCCAGUGAAACAGGAACUGGAGAGAAUAAGGACAUACAUGAACAAGGUCAAAGAAAUAACAGACAAGAAAAAGGCAUCAAAACUGGAUAAAGGAGCUGCUUCUAGAUUUGUAAAAAAUGCACUCUGGGAACCAAAUGCAGAAAGUGAACAUACUUCCAAAACUCCUACUAAAGGAAAAAAGCGACAGAGGGACUAAAUAUUUUUUUCCCCCUCAUAUCAGUAGCAGACACCUAGAACUUAACUUGGAAAUGUUUUUUCAUACUGCAUGUGUCUCACACAAGUGCUGUAUAACAGAUUAAAUUAUACUUACAAACUUUACAGGAUUGUAUUUUGUCCAGAACACUGAGGUGAUCACAUUUAAAGUGUAUAUAAGUGCCAUUUGGUGCACAUUUGACAUUUCAUUGCUCAAAUGAUUAUGACCUGUCAUAUACUUGGUGGUAAUAAAUACUAGUGGUGUUUUGUUUAUAAUGCCUAUUAAUUCAAUUUUUUUAAAUGAUUUUUUGACACUUUUUUAUAUGUCCUCCAUCUCCUCAAUAUUAAAAAGUUUCAAACACUGC